AUGCGACGGCGCCUCCAUAGGGUUUCCAUAUUCUUACUUUUUUUAGGGCAUUUAACCUAAAAAAAACAGUGAGAGAGAACGAGCACAACAAAAUAUAGUAUUCCAUCUCUUACCUGGGUUUUAGCUUAAACCUUCUUUUACAAUGGCCUUCUGGGGGACUGAAGUAACUCCAGGUAAGCCGUAUACUCAUCGGUUCGAUGAACAGAAAGGAAGGCUUCACAUAUCCCAGGCAACGCUAGGGACUGGUUCAUCUACAAAGAAAAGCAUUCUACAGUGUACCAUUGGGGAUAAAAAGCCAAUUUACUUGUGUUCUUUCUUACCUGAAAAAUUGGAGACAUGUCCUCUAAAUCUCGAGUUUGAAGAGGAUGAUGAAGUGAUCUUUUCAGUUGUUGGGCCUCAUGUUGUUCAUCUGUCUGGUUUUUUUCUUGAGAAACUCCAUGAUGAUGUUGUUGGUGAAUAUGACUCUGACUCAUAUGGAGAAGAUAUCGCUGAUACUGAGUCUGACGAGUCCUCUGACUAUGAUUCUGAGGAGGGUUAUGAUGAUGACUUUAUUGUUGAUGAUAUGGACAUGUUCUCUCGACCAGCUGCAAAAAGUGGAGUGGUGAUUGAGGAAAUUGGUGAUGAUGAGAAACCUGUUGCUCAAAACGGUGCAUCAAGAAGAGAAAAGAAAAAGAAAUCUAGUUCAAUUGUUGACCACGAUAACUCUGAGCAUCAACUUGUUGUGAAGGGCGCAACUGACCCCAUUGUCGAAAGUGAGGAUGAUGAUGGUUUCCCAAUAUCUUCUGCUCCUAUUGGGAAAGUUGACUCCCCAAGUAAAAAAGAAGACAAAAAAGUAAAUGCUAAAAACAACAAAAUCAAGGAAAAAAAUGAUUCUAGCCAAUCUAAGGGCUUGAAAAGAAAAGCAGAGGUUAUUGAAGAUGAACAGACAAGGGAGACAGACCAUAACUCUGCAGUUGAAAAUACAGAAGUAGUUCCUGAAUCUAAUGAAAAGACAAAGAAAGAUAAGAAGAAGAAAAAAGCUAAGACCAAUGAGGAAAAAGUCUCUGAAGUUGGUACUCAAGGUACACCAAUUGCCAUGGAUAAAGACAAAACCCUUGUGAAUGAUUCCUCAUCUACCGUUGAGAAGAAGAAAAAGAAGAAAAAGAACAAGAAGGAGAAGGAGACUGAAUCUAACAAGAAUUCUGAAGUUUCUGUUACUGAUAAGAAGGAUUCCAAAGAAGAUAACAUUGAGAAGUCUGAAACCAAACCAUACCAAUCAAGGACCUUCCCCAAUGGAUUGGUCAUUGAUGAACUAAAAAUGGGCAAACCCGAUGCUAAAAAAGCCUCCCCUGGGAAAAAGGUUAGUGUUCAUUACAUUGGAAAGUUGAAAAAAAAUGAGAAAAUAUUUGAUUCCAAUAUUGGCAAAGCACCUUUCAAGUUCCUCCUAGGUGUAGGACAAGUUAUUAAAGGAUGGGACGUAGGAGUUAAUGGAAUGCGUGUAGGGGAUAAAAGAAGGAUCACCAUUCCUCCAGCCAUGGGUUAUGGGAGUAAAGGUGCAGGUGGGGCUAUUCCACCAAAUGCAUGGUUGGUUUUUGAUGUGGAAUUGGUGGAUGUUCGUUGAUCAGCCUCCUGAAGUUAUCUGGUGAUGCAAAUAGGUUUUUGAUGAUUGCUGUUAUUGGUAAAUGAUCAUUGGUGUUUCUGGUUUUGAGUUCUUAUCACAAAUUUUGGGACUUAGAUUUAUUUUGUCUUUCCUGGUUGUAUUUGAAACAAGGUAUCAACUGAACCAACCCCUAUCUGCUUUAAUGAAUUUAUUUGUAAGGGAUAUAAGAACUUGUAUCCCUUUUGUUAUCGAGAUCUUCUAUUUCUUA